AUGGCAUGGACGGAAAAAGAUGUCAGUAAUGGCAGAAAGAGAGACCCAAUUCAAGAAAAUGGUUUUUUGAAGGGGCCACAAUCUUCUCCUGGUACCAAUGGCUCUCCCGUGGCUAUUGCUUCAGCACAACAGGGGUUUGAAGGGAAGGAUAAUCUCUCUUAUGCAAAUAUUCUCCGAUCAAGGAACAAGUUUGUUGAUGCUCUUGCACUCUAUGACCUUGUUUUGGAGAAAGAUAGUGGCAAUGUUGAGGCUCACAUUGGGAAAGGAAUAUGCCUGCAGAUGCAGAACAUGGGAAGGCCUGCUUUUGACAGUUUUGCAGAAGCCAUCAAGUUGGACCCGCAAAAUGCAUGUGCCCACACACAUUGUGGUAUACUGUACAAAGACGAGGGACGCCUGGUAGAGGCUGCCGAGUCAUACCAAAAGGCGUUGAGUGCGGACCCUUCUUACAAACCAGCUGCAGAGUGCCUAGCAAUUGUUCUAACAGAUCUUGGAACCAGCUUAAAGCUAGCUGGCAACACUCAAGAGGGAAUUCAGAAGUAUUAUGAAGCCUUAAGAAUAGAUCCUCAUUAUGCUCCAGCAUAUUACAACCUUGGUGUUGUCUACUCUGAAAUGAUGCAAUAUGAUACGGCACUUAGUUGCUAUGAGAAGGCUGCUUUGGAGAGGCCUCUGUAUGCUGAAGCAUACUGCAAUAUGGGUGUCAUCUAUAAAAAUCGUGGUGACUUGGAGUCAGCCAUUGCUUGUUAUGAGAGGUGUCUUGCCGUGUCACCAAAUUUUGAGAUUGCAAAGAACAAUAUGGCAAUAGCCUUGACAGAUUUAGGAACAAAGGUUAAAUUAGAGGGUGACAUCAAUCAAGGUGUGGCGUAUUACAAGAAGGCUUUGUAUUAUAAUUGGCACUAUGCUGAUGCUAUGUAUAAUCUUGGGGUUGCUUAUGGCGAAAUGCUUAAAUUUGACAUGGCAAUUGUAUUCUACGAGCUUGCUUUUCAUUUCAAUCCCCAUUGUGCUGAAGCAUGCAACAAUUUGGGAGUGAUAUACAAAGAUCGAGACAAUCUUGAUAAAGCUGUAGAGUGUUAUCAGAUGGCUUUAUCAAUUAAACCAAACUUCUCCCAGUCUCUGAACAACCUUGGUGUUGUCUACACUGUCCAGGGUAAAAUGGAUGCUGCGGCAAGCAUGAUUGAAAAAGCUAUUGUUGCUAAUCCAACAUAUGCUGAAGCAUAUAAUAACUUAGGGGUUCUCUAUAGAGAUGCUGGCAACAUCUCUCUGGCUAUCGAAGCUUAUGAGCAAUGUCUCAAGAUAGACCCUGAUUCUCGUAAUGCAGGCCAGAAUCGAUUGCUUGCUAUGAACUACAUAAAUGAGGGGCAUGAUGAUAAGCUUUUUGAGGCACACAGGGAUUGGGGAAGGCGCUUUAUGAGGUUAUUUCCUCAAUACACUUCAUGGGACAACUCAAAAGAUCCAAAGAGGCCCCUUGUGAUUGGAUAUGUAUCUCCAGAUUAUUUUACUCACUCUGUAUCAUAUUUCAUUGAAGCACCCCUUGUCUAUCAUGACUAUGAAAACUACAAGGUGGUCGUUUUUUCAGCGGUUGUAAAGGCUGAUGCAAAAACUGUUAGGUUUAGGGAGAAAGUCUUGAAAAAGGGUGGAAUAUGGAGAGAUAUAUAUGGGAUUGACGAAAAGAAGGUUGCUAGCAUGGUUAGAGAAGAUAAAGUUGACAUCUUGGUAGAACUUACUGGUCACACAGCUAAUAAUAAGUUGGGAAUGAUGGCAUGCCGACCAGCGCCUGUUCAGGUGACUUGGAUUGGUUACCCAAACACAACUGGUCUGCCUGCAAUUGAUUAUAGAAUCACUGAUUCACUGGCAGACCCUCCUGGUACAAAACAGAAGCAUGUUGAGGAGCUAGUUAGAUUACCUGAUUGCUUCCUUUGUUAUGCACCUUCACCAGAGGCUGGGCCUGUUUCCCCAACUCCUGCUCUUUCCAAUGGCUUUGUUACAUUUGGUAGCUUUAAUAAUCUGGCAAAGAUAACGCCUAAGGUUUUGCAAGUUUGGGCAAGGAUACUUUGUGCUGUUCCCAACUCUCGCCUUGUAGUAAAAUGUAAGCCUUUUUGUUGUGAUAGUGUAAGGCAGAGAUUUCUUUCAACAUUGGAGCAACUGGGAUUGGAAUCACUACGUGUUGAUCUUUUGCCUCUAAUUCUUCUGAACCAUGAUCAUAUGCAAGCAUAUUCCCUUAUGGACAUCAGCUUGGAUACAUUCCCAUAUGCUGGAACAACAACGACUUGUGAAUCUUUAUUCAUGGGAGUUCCAUGUAUUACUAUGGCUGGUUCUGUACAUGCUCACAAUGUUGGUGUGAGUCUUCUCAGUAAAGUAGGCUUACCACAUCUGAUUGCCAAAAAUGAAGAUGAGUAUGUCCAGUUGGCACUAAAAUUGGCCUCUGACAUUACAGCUCUGUCAAACUUGAGGAUGAGCCUUCGGGAACUAAUGUCCAAGUCCCCUGUAUGUGAUGGGCAAAACUACACACUUGGUCUGGAGUCAACAUUCCGGAACAUGUGGCACAGGUACUGUAAGGGCGAUGUACCAUCUUUAAGUCGCUUGGAAAUGCUACAACAGCAAGUGGUAUCUGAAGAGCCUGCUAUCAAAAAUCCUGAGCCAAGCGGGAGCACAUUCUCAAGUGAUGGAACUUCUGGAUCUGUCAAGGCCAAUGGAUUUAAUCAGGCAGCACCAUCAAUUUUAAACACCUCUAAUUGUGAAGAAAACGGAGUUCAGAUGAAUCAAUCUACUAACACAGGCAAGCUGAGUUGAACUAUGGAUUUCCUCUAACUGCCAACUAUCUAAGACAUUAGUGAGAUGGGGAUUGCAUUCAGACAGAUACAGCUUACUGAUGUAUAGUUAUUGUGGGUUCUAGUGGAAAUAGAGCCUGGUGGUAACGAUGUGGUGACCAAGUUGUUACUUUGCAUAGGAUCAGAUUUUUUGGGGAAAGAAUGUUGCAAUAGUACUCCACAAUUUGACUUUUAGAUGUGCAAGUAAUAUUGUGGUUUGGAAGAGCUGAGGCUAUGUUCUGCUUUGAAAAUUAGGUAUACAAAUGGCAUUUUUUCCCCUUUUGAGUAUAGAAAUUAGUUGGCUUGUAAAUUUUUAAAGGCAGUUUUUGUUUUGUCUAGCAUGAUUUGGUCCUUAGAUUUUGUAAUGAAUGGUUAGCCAGAGCACCACCUGAUGCGGGAGCUCUUUUGGCUUUGUUGGGUUGUCAUAAAAAGAGGAAAAACAAAUAGCAAAGAAGCUACAUUGGUCGAAAAUGAUAAUCAGAUUAUUGAUACAAUGAUUUAGUUGAUUGCAUAAAUUGCAGUUUUGAUUUUGUGUAA